GACGAGAUCUUUGUGGCGGCGCGAAGUCAUGAAGCCAUUCCGGUAUCCAAGAUGUUUUACGAAGGGGUUUCAGACCACUGGGGAGGUUAUUCCUGAUCCACAACCGCCAGCAAAGAGAAAUUGGAAGGAGUGAGAAGCCAUGGGAAGGACACUGGUGCCACGACAUCUCUUUCUCUCUUGGGUCCUUGUUGUUGUACUUCUGGUGGAACUGCCUUGCAACGCCGAUGAACAGCUUGAGGAACGAAAAGAAGCACUUCGGAAAUUUGUGCAUGCAUAUGUUCGUGCUGAAAAGGAACCUUCCUACGAAAAUGUAUUGGAAGAGGUCAAGUUGAUUGUUGGCGAUGAUGAUAAUGAUGAAAUUUUCUCAGACAUUGAACAAGUUGUCCAGGACGCUAUUGAGGAUACCCAUGUAUAUGCUGACCGACUCGUUAUGGACAUGCUUAAGACAGUAAGAGAUCCCGAUUGUAUGGAAGGAGAAUUUGAUGCUUCAGAUGGCAACUUCAAUGCCGCUGAGGCGGCCCAUGUCUUGCACAAGUGCAAAUUGUUGGUGCUGCGAAAUGUCUUUGACCAGGACUUUUUACAAGCAUACAAGGCCAAUAUCACUGCUUUUAUUCAAGGUUUGAAAAAUGGCAACAUUGCCAAAACGGGAACUACAACCAACAAGGAACAUUACUUUCAACACAAUCUCGAUCAUGGACGAUGGGAAGUCCUCUUGCCACAAAGUUUGGCACAUCCUAUUGUGGUGCAAAACGCCCGUAUCUUGAGGGUACUCAUGAAAGAUAUGAUUUUGGGGCCAAGAUUCAACUUGCAUUCCUUUGGGACUGCCUUGGCAGAUUCUGGUGCCCACCCUCAAGACUGGCAUACGGACAGUGACUAUUUGUUCGCUGAUGGUUUGUACAAAACAACUGGUAUCUCACAACAUGAAUUGCCUGCCUAUGCCAUCACCAUGAUGGUACCCUUGUUGCACAUGACACCUGAACAUGGACCAACACAAUUUGGAAUGGGAUCGUCCAAUCUUGCUGGGCUGGCUGAAAAACGGGAGGACAUUCUCUUGCGCAAUGAAUGGUUGCGCCAGUUUAUAAACGCGCAACCUGAAGAGGAUGAGGAAUAUGAUGUCCGUGACCAUUAUGAAUACAUGCGGACGCCCCUCUUGAGCUUUGGCGAUGUGCUCCUGUUUGACUACAUGAUCACUCACCGCGGCGGUAGGAAUGUCAGUCCAGAUCUGCGGGCCAUGCUCUAUUUGACAUAUUCACGAUUUUGGUAUAAAGAUAAGGGAUUUGAAGAUGAAGAUGAGGAGGAUAGAGAAGAACAGUCAGACACUGAAAUGAAGCUUUACAAAAAACUAACGCAGACUGCUCGAUUUGCAAUCCCAGACAAUUUUGGGACAGAUGAGGUGGAAGACUGGAGCCAGUACGGUGAUGGAGACAGAAGUCUGGAAGCAAUGGGAUCAUUCCAAGAACAGACAGGCAACCAGGCCAACCCUAGAGACAGCGAUGAAGAGUUAUAGUGAAGACCUGCCACCAGAAUGUCCUGUUUAAUCCACUCCCAACAGAUGACUGAUAACAUGCCACCCAGGGGCUUAUUGCACACAGUGCAUGAAGGUCAAACCUGCAGUGUCCUUAUGUAGCUUGGGUGUAGACAUGGGUCUCUUCAACAGGGAAGUUUGGUACAACUAUGAAAAUUGACAUUCCACUAUAAGCCAGGCUGCUCGUCAGUAACAAGCCGUGGACUUCACGGAGAUAGUCUUUCGUCAUUAAGAUAGAGCCACGUCAGCCACAAGGGCCCAGCUAACUCGAUGCAGCAAAAAAGGGGCCCCUCUUUGCUUCGGG